AUGUCACCAUUUAGUGUGUAUUGUCUCAAGGAGAGUGUAAUAAAAGGCUGUCGUGAAUGGAUUCUGAGACCGGAUUUUAAUUUUGUUCCAGCAUCUCGAAGGCUUAGCGAAUACGUUGAAUACUACGAGCCUCUCGAGUACGAUUCCACAUCAAUCCACGCGCAGCACAUACGCACGAGACGUUCAUCUGAUGCGCCACAUUUGCGUAUUAACUUCCAUGCUCACGGCAGACACUUCCAUUUGCGUCUACGAAGGGAUGUAUCAGCUUUUAGUACGGAUUUUAAAGUUGAAGGAGCGCAGGGUCAGCUACAUGAUGUUGACACAUCACACAUAUAUCAGGGAGAUGUGGUUGACGAGCCCGGUUCAACGGUUUUCGGUUCGGUGACGGACGGCGUGUUCGAGGGUAAGAUAGUGCUGAACGACGGUGCCUACUAUGUGGAGCACGCCCGGCGGUACUUCCCACCCAACAGUACGAAGACUCGCGUGCAUUCUGUUAUAUACCACGAGGGGGACGUAGUGGAUCCGUAUGCUCAUAGGAGACACGGUCACGUUGGUGGUUGUGGUGUGACCGAUGAAGUGGUACAGUGGAUGGAGCGUAUACAGAAUUCUGGUGUUGAUGAUGAACCUACCACCACUCCGAUGCACUCACCUGCUCCCAGCCAGCCUCAUCCGAACAGCUUGAGAGAUGAUACCACCAGUUCCAGACAUUGGGACUUCAACCAUUACAAUAAAUAUUCACGAGCGGCGAACACGAACGAACACACGCGAACACGUCGCGCUACGGAGGGUAAGGCGAAGAACACGUGCUCGCUGUACAUACAGACUGACCCAUUGAUAUGGAGACACGUUAGGGGGGGAUUCCCUGAUCACAUGGAUAUGAAUAAGAAAAACGAAGUGGAUAUGAAGACGCGUGAGGAAAUAUUGUCUUUGAUUUCACACCACGUGACGGCUGUCAACUAUAUAUACAGAUAUACGAAGUUCGACGGACGCAAGGAACACAGGAACAUACAGUUUGAAGUACAGAGGAUAAAGAUCGACGACGAUUCAUCCUGCAACACGAAUCCAUUCGCGAGUGAAACCAACCAGUUCUGUCUAGAGAACAUUGACGUAUCAAACUUCCUGAACCUACACUCACUCGGCAACCACGAAGACUUCUGUUUGGCUUAUGUCUUUACAUACAGAGACUUUAACGGCGGGACAUUAGGUCUGGCGUGGGUGGCGAGCGCUAGUGGCGCCUCUGGCGGUAUUUGCGAGAAGUAUAAAACAUACACCGAAACCACCGGCGGGAUGUACCAGAGCACUAAGAGGUCACUCAACACUGGCAUCAUUACAUUCGUGAACUACAACAGUAGGGUACCACCUAAAGUCAGCCAGCUUACUUUGGCCCAUGAGAUAGGACAUAACUUUGGAUCACCGCAUGAUUACCCAUCCGAGUGUCGUCCUGGCGGCCAGCAAGGUAACUACAUAAUGUUCGCGUCAGCUACCUCCGGCGACCGACCAAACAAUAGUCGUUUCUCAGCGUGCUCUGUGGGGAACAUUAGCGCUGUAUUAGACGCGGUCAAAGACGGACGGAAAAGGGAUUGUCUCAAGGAAAGCGAUGGAGCCUUCUGUGGGAACAAGAUUGUUGAAGUUGGGGAGGAGUGUGAUUGUGGUUACAAUGAAAACGAGUGUAAAGAUCGUUGUUGUUACCCGCGUCUCGUCAGCCCGUAUGACUUCGAACGUAACAACAGCGCCGUGGGGUGUCAGAGGCGAGCCAACACACAGUGCAGUCCCUCUCAAGGUCCCUGCUGCAGCCCCACGUGUCAGUUCACGCCGGCGUCCCGUAACGUGACGUGUCGCGCGGCCAGCGAGUGCAGCCUGGCUUCAUACUGCUCGGGGACAUCCGCAGAGUGUCCUGCGCCACAGGCUAUGGCUAACGGCACCGUCUGUAAUAAUGGCACCCAGCUAUGUAUAUACGGUGAAUGCCGAGGUUCUAUAUGUCUGGCGUGGAACAUGAAGGAGUGUUUCCUCUCCUCAUCACCGACAAAAGUAGGGGAAGGCGUGACAGCUGUGGUAGACCGUCGGCUGCUCUGCCAGCUCGCGUGUCAGACUGGCCCCGAACCAGACAGCUGUAGGAGUACGGCUGAGUUUGCGCAUACAGUCGGCCUACCGCCCGGAGGAAUCAGUCUAAGACCCGGUUCGCCGUGUGAUAACUUCCAGGGUUACUGCGACGUUUUCCUUAAGUGUCGUGCCGUCGACGCCGAGGGUCCUCUGGUUAAAUUGAAGAACCUUCUACUGAACCGCGCUACGCUUCAGUCUCUACAAGCCUGGGUCACAGAACAGUGGUGGGCCGUGUUACUAGGAGGCGUGGCGCUAGUCGUGUGUAUGGGAGCCUUCGUUAAAUGCUGCGCCGUACACACGCCAUCAUCCAACCCUAAAAGACCUCCCGCCAGACGUUUAUCUGAGACCCUGCGUCGUCCUAUGAACACUCUACGGCGCAUGCGCGGUCAGCCGGGCGUGGCGGCGGGACCGAGGAGGGGGGGCGCGCGGGCCGCACGGACCCCGCAGAGGAGGACGAGACCUCACAAGGGAUACGCGCCACCACUGGCGUACUCGGCUAGGGACAUGGCGUCAGCGCCGGCGGGUCCUAGCGGUCGUCGCGGCGAGCCGUACGCCAACGCCUACCCUCAGUCCUACGAGAUGCGACCUCAGAAGGUCUGA